AUGUACAGCCACGAGAGCGCUGUCUCUUCGGUGGAUCUGUCGUUUUCACAGGUCUUGGAAGCCCGCAGCGCGUUGCACCAGCAGCAACAACAGCGUCGCGGCAGUAGUCCAGUCGCUAUCGCUCGCAACGCUCGAUCCAUUGCCGCCUUAACGCGUCCGCGCAAUCACACAAACACGACAGCUGCGUCACGGGAUGACGACUCCCGUCCGCCCGUCUAUGGACACAACGGCAUGCUCGACUCGGUCUACGAAGGCAGUGAAGACAUACUGGAGGAACACGACCAAGACGACAUGGGUACAAUCGGAGGAAUCGGUGCACAUGAACAAGAAAUGGGUCCACCAGCUCGAAACAGCGACAAUGACGACAGGAAGUGCACCACGAUCGACUGCCUGUUGCCCAGUGACUGGACCAAUGGAGACGACGGACAGUUCGGACCGGACAUGUACCGGUUCGUGCAGCCUCGACGACUGUCGUCGUGGGUCCAGGACGAUGCUGUAUGUGCGUGCUUCAAGUGCCACACGGUCUUUUCCUUGCUUGUUCGGAAACACCAUUGCCGGGCCUGUGGCCGCAUCUUUUGCGCGACGUGUUCGAGUCAACGGGUUGUGAUUCCAAGCGACUACGAGGCCACACCUGUGUCACCGGCGUACAACUCGCUGACGACGAAUGCCAGUGACUUGAUUGGCAACAUCAGUUGGUACUUGACGUCGUACUCGAGCUUGCCAUAUGCAGUAACCACCGGGGCCGAGUGGCGUGACGCAACGGCACGAUCGCCGUUUUCACAGUCCCGCGCGACGUUUCAGUCGAUGGAAUUGACGCGCGAGAAGCAGCAGGAGAAUUUUUUGAAGGACAUUCAGAGACUGCAAGAGACGAAUGUGAUCGGCAAGUUUACGCCGAAUCGUGCACAUUCCGGGAGCAGUAGUUCGUCAUCGCCAUUGGCCAGCAGCGGAGCUCUGCAGGUCCCAAGCACACACCAUGCAGUGUAUAUGCCGGAUGACAGUGUCAUGCAACGCGUGUGUGACGAUUGUGCGUGUGCACUCCAGCAGCGACGACACCAUUACAACACUGUAAAAGUGUUUGAGUUGUGUGAGUUCGACUUGCGAGAGCUACGUACGCUAGGCCAAGUGUGUCGGAAGUGGCACCGCGCAACUAUUAUGUGCCUGUCCAUGUUUCGCCAGAUACAGUACUAUUUACCAACACAUCGCCUGUCCGAGCGAGAAACAAAGAUGCUGAUUCGCAACCGAAAGUUUAUUGGUGGCCACACAAAGUGGUUGUUGCAGCUUGUGAAAGCCGUCGACUUCUCGGCAGAGGAUGAGAUGGAGUACGCAAAUAGUGAGACGACAGCGGGCAAUCUUGAAGAGCAUGCUGAUGUGCGACGAAAGCACGAGGAAAACAAGAAGCUGGUGGACGAGGUGAUGGAGCUGUUGCAGCAGGAGCGCAAGUACAAGUGCAUGCUGACGAUGUGCUCGCGUCUGUGUAAGCCACAAAUUAGUAGUGUCGACGCACUAGAAAUUCUCGCGGACGAAACGAUUCGCAAUCAUCGACUACGUGCGUUGGCAAUUGACGCCUUGCUGAAGACCGCCACGGAAAACGAAUGGUGGAGCUACUUGCAAGUGCUUUUGCAUAGCCUGAGUGUGGAGUCAAACGUGGUUGGCAGCAAGCUUGGGCAAGCCUUGAUUCGCCAUGCCCAAUGCGACAUCCGGUUUUGCUACGAUUUGUACUGGGGACUCACGGUCAUGGCCGAGGACCCAAGUUGUCGCCGCAGAUUCGAUGGCAUGAAGCAGCGACUGCUUCUAGCUCUGACGCAGUUCAGGAAUGCAUCGUCGACAGGCCGACUGGCUGAGUCACAGAUUUCUGCCAGCGACGACAUUGCGGAGCAGCUUCUUCGAGGUCAGGAGCUAGUGGAUAUGAUGUGGAAGAUUCCACCACGCAUUCCAGUUGAAGAUGCACGCAGAAUCUUGUGUGCAUUCGUACAGAAGUCAUCCUUGCGAACGUGGAUGAAUGGGAGCGCGCCUGACGACUCUAGUCAGAUAGGAGCGAAUCGAGGACGAAAAUGGCCUCUGUUACGACUGCCUGUGGAUCCACAUGUAAAAGUUUGCGGAAUCGAUUACGGAAAGAUUGAGGUGAAACGGAGUGCGGAGGCGCCCAUGGUCAUUACGUGCACGGGGGUCAAUCGCGAAGAGGAAGAAGAGGCUGAAGACUCUGCGAACGGUGGCGCCAAAUCUCAGCGAAGCACAUGGAGUCGCCGCACUCUAGAGCUGCCGCACUACCGGCUCAUGUACAAGCGGGACGAUCUUCGGAAAGACGCCAUCGUUCAAAACAUUAUCAAUGUCAUGUAUCUGAUUUUGAAGCAAGAGACUCGGUUAGACAUUCCUCUCGUAACGUACCGUGUUCUGCCGACAAGCAGCUUCGACGGGCUCAUCGAGAUUGUGGAGAAUGCACAUACGCUGUACUCCAUCAUUCGAGACCACGGUACAAUCUUGAAUUUCCUGCACCAUUACAACGGCCAUCGCACGCUCAGCGACAUUUCUUCCUCGUUCAGGGAAAGCCUUGCUGCGUACACGGUGAUCACGUUCUUGUUGGGCGUGGGUGAUCGACACGCCGACAACGUCAUGCUAACGAAGGAUGGGAACUUGUUCCAUAUUGACUACGGCUUCAUUCUAGGCAAGGACCCAAAGCCGCUCCAGCCUCCGAUGAGGUUGGACCAUUACAUGAUCGAGGCUCUCGGGGGCAUGCAGACACAGCAAUUUGAGCAGUUCAAGCAGCUAUGCGUGAUUGCAUUCAACUGUUUGAGGAGACACGUGAGUUUGUUCAUGAUUAUGCUUACGUUGGUAGUAAAGGCGCUUCCAGAGAUUACGGACUUUGGAGUGAACUACACCCAGAGUGAUCUUGAGGCCUUUGUCAUCGAACGUUUCCUGCCAGGCCAGUCGGACGACGAAGCAGCAACAGCGCUGAUGUUGCGGAUGGAAGGGAAGUUAAAUGAGCGCAUUGGCAUGAAGCUCAGCGACUUCGUGCACGCGCAUUCGAAUGAGAAAACCGUGUCGAAGGGCAUGACGUCUGUGGGCUCUUCCGUCAAGAUUGGUGUCGAAGCUGUGGAGGCUACAGUUUCUACCGUCGCGAGCUCACUUACCAGUGGUGCUUCGUCAAUCUACAAGUACAUGUGGGGUGGGCUAGAUCGAUAA